GAGCAUCAUGUCUGCUCAGGAACAGCAACAGGCGCAGCCCCCCCUGCCCACCUCCUCGGAGGCUGCGGAACUGGACGCCGCAAACAGAUACGAAGCGGUUGUUCCUCACUGGUUUUACUGCAAGGUCACGGACUCCAGGGAGCGAUGGAUCCCCUUCAGCACGCAGGAUUCGGAGAGGCUGGAAGAGGCUCACGGCUCAGGGAGAGACAAAGAAGAUCUGGUUGUCCCAACAUCGGGGGGUAGGUACGACGUGCAUCUGAAGAAGAGGCAGCGCGUUGCAGUGUACUGGGAGGAGGAGGUAUCUGAAGUGCGUCGCUGCACCUGGUUUUACAAAGGAGACAAGGACAAUAAGUAUAUUCCCUACUCGGAGACCUUCAGCGAAGAACUGGAGGAAGCUUACAUGAUUGCUGUGACCCUGGAUGAGUGGAAGAAGAAACUAGAGUCCCCUAGCAGAGAAGUCAUUAUCUUGCACAACCCAAAGCUGAUGGUGCACUACCAUCCAGUUGCCACCUCCGAUGACUGGGGCUCAACUCCUACGGAACAAGGUCGACCUCGGACUGUGAAGAGAGGAGUAGAAAACAUCGCUGCCGAGAUCCCCAAUGGAGAGCCGCUGCAAAUUGAUCACUUGGUUUUCGUGGUGCACGGGAUCGGCCCAGCGUGCGAUAUUCGGUUCAGGAGCAUCGUCCAGUGCGUGAAUGACUUCAGGAAUGUUUCCCUGAGCAUGCUGCAAGCACACUUCAAGAAAGCCCAGGAACAGCAGCAGAUCGGCCGAGUGGAGUUCCUACCUGUGAACUGGCACAGCUCCCUCCACUCCACUGGGGUGGACGUUGACCUGGAGCGAAUCACUUUGCCGAGCAUCAACCGUCUGCGUCACUUCAUCAACGACACCAUCCUGGACGUUUUCUUUUACAACAGCUCCACCUAUUGCCAGACCAUCGUGGACACGGUGGCAUCCGAAAUGAACCGCCUGUACCAGCUCUUCUUGCGGAGGAACCCCCUCUUCAAAGGGGGGGUCUCCAUUGCAGGGCACAGCUUGGGGUCACUCAUUUUAUUUGAUCUCCUGACGAACCAGAAGCCUGCUCCCGAAGAGAAUGAGCACAGCAAAGAGUCCAGGACAACCUCAAGCAACAGGAGUAUUGAGGAAGUAAAAGAAAUCCUGAAGAAGCUGGAGCUGUCUGAAUAUUGUGAUGUUUUUGAGAAGGAGAAAAUGGACAGGCAGGCACUGUUCUUGUGUACAGAGAAAAACCUUAAAGAAAUGGGAAUUCCCUUAGGACCAAGAAUGAAGAUACUUCAUUACAUCAGCUCCAAGACAGAGAUGCAGGACCAGAGCGCAGCAGCUGCCGGGCACAGCGGGGAACACGGAGCGGAGCCUGGGUCCCCACUGCAGCAUGACCCAGACAGCACAGAUGAUGGCAAGAAUUGCCAAUACCGGGAUGUUGGCUUAGGACAGGUCUCGGCAAACUAUCCUCAGCUAAACUAUAAGCCCACCAUCUUCUUUGCUUUUGGGUCUCCCAUUGGGAUGUUUCUCACAGUGCGAGGAGUGAAGCGGAUCAACCCAAACUACAGCCUACCCACUUGCAAAGGCUUCUUCAACAUCUUCCACCCCUUUGACCCGGUGGCAUACAGGAUUGAGCCCAUGAUCGUCCCGGAUCUGGAGUUUGAGCCCAUGCUGCUGCCUCACCAUAAGGGCAGGAAGAGAAUGCACCUAGAGCUGAAAGAAGGGCUGACUCGCAUGAGCGUCGACCUGAAGAACAACUUGCUGGGGUCCUUGCGGGUAGCCUGGCAGUCCUUCACUCGAGCCCCACUGCCAGCUGUGGAAGCGGCGAGUACCGAUGCCGAAGCAGAGGCAGAGGCCGGCGUGGAGAAGCAGCCAGACACAAAGCCAGACGAGACCCCUGCAGCAGUGAAGGAAGAGGCCUCCCUCAUUAACGUGGGGAGGCUGAACGGAGGCAAUCGCAUAGACUACGUGCUGCAGGAGAAGCCAAUAGAGAGCUUUAAUGAGUAUUUAUUUGCACUACAAGGGCAUCUCUGCUAUUGGGAGUCGGAAGACACCGUUCUGCUGGUUCUGAAGGAGAUCUACCAGACACAAGGCAUUACACUGGAUCAACCUUUGCCAGGAAGCCAGUGA